CGCGUGCACAGCACAGCCUCCCGCCGCUUUUCUUUAUUCUCUCUCGCGCGCUUGUGGAUUAUGUAUACGUCGUGCGUGCACCGCCGGAAAAGCGAGGAAAAACUCGCUACAGCAAGUAGGUUUCGAUGUAGGUAGGUAUGCGCGAGGCUGAGGCUUGCGAUUUGAUGAAAUUUCACGCGGUGCAGGUGCACUCGACGACGAUUUCGCUGGGGCUUUUACGCGCCGACGGAUAAGUGGCUUGGUUUUUAUGUCAGCCGUGCGGGGACAAGUGCGCCGAAGGACGGCUUUUGAUCCUGGGAAAUUGUGCGGAUAUACUGUGGGUGGUGGUUUUGGUUUGACUGAUAUGCACAGGGGUAUGCACUUCUGAGACUCGUGAGAAAACUUGUUCUCCAAAGUGGAUGCUGUCCGGGAACAGCAAGACAUGUAAUAUACUCCAAGGCUGACAAACAAUGAGGAAUGAGAUCUGAAAAAUUUAAUUCGAACAAAAUCGAUAUAUUUACGAUCGUAUAUUAUCUGCGUUACUUGGAAAGAUUUCAAACUGAUUAUUUCCUCUUCGAGUGUAUAUAUGGCCAGCUACUCUAGGAACCUGUGUAUAUAUCGCUAAAACGAGCGUUGAUGCUGUUGAUGGUAACAGUCGGUGUAUGGGGAGCAGAGGAGACGACAACGACGAGUAGCACGACGACAGCAGAGUCGACGACGACGACGUUGAAUAAUUCCGAGCUUCUGACCGGAGGUACGGCUGACAAAAUCGCCAGGAGGAUCAUCGACGAUCGACUAACGCCCCCCAGGGCUACGGAUUUUGCACCUUGGAAUAAGAAGCUGCCGCUCGGAGAGAUUUACAGAGGUAAUUCCCAGCCUCCGAGGGUCACCGAGGAGGUGGACGAUAACGUCACCGACAGAGCCGUGCCCAAGAAGACGAGGACCGUUGGACCCACGCAAGAUACAAGCUGUUGCGGGGGCAAAUCGCAGGGUCCUAAUGGCUUCGCGGAUGGGAAGGACAAGUCGCAGCAUCAGUCGAGUCCAAGCUCCGAGUCGCAGGACCUCAACGCUGGACCCGCGCCACGUUUCCACGGAAACAGACCGUCGGACGACAGGUAUGGUCACGGGUGGAGAAGCUCGAGCUAUAUCGGGUUCAACAAGGACAAGGACUACUACGAUCAGCGCAAUCGUUACCCUUAUGACAGGUACAGCUCGGCGCAGAGACCAUCGAAUUCAGGCUACGCUUCCGAGGGCGACCGAUACAGCACAGCGUCGAGGCCCAGCUCGAACUACGGCGCGUCGGCGGUCGAUGGCGACCGGUACGGAGCCAGCAGCAGCAACACUCGGCCGAGUAACUUCCAGAGCUCGAAUUACGGCUAUCCUCCGUACGGCGACAGGCCUAGACCCGGCGGCACUUACGGCAUCGGGCCGAGCAGCAACCAGGACACCGACACCGACUACCCCUUCGCCGAGGGCGGACCUGGCAGCGGUGGACCGCCGUCCAAUCUGCAGACGCAGAAGGCAGUGGCGCUGAAGGCACUGGCAGGAGUCGCGUUGAUUGGCGCAGCCGCAGCCCUCGCCUCGAACCCCGUCCUCUUGCCAAUCAGCGUUAUAUCCGGCAGAAGAAAGCGCUCCGCCGAACUCCAGUCUGACAAUUACGCCCUCACCGCGCUGCUACAGGGCUACAUACAGCCCAAAUCAAAUGAGGUAGCGCAAAGUCAGCUGGAACGACGUGAAAAGGCAGCAUCGAACAUCAGCAGCAAUAGCAACCAGACGACGAGUCAGGAGCUCGUAAUCAGUCCGCAAUGCGUUGCGAGACUGGCCUGUCACGUGCACCGCGAUUAUCUCGACGAGCUGGAGAAGAGCCGAGUCCGACUGCAGCAACAGCACUCAUCGGAGACUGAAACCGACGAUGCUGCGACGGAGACCGACUUGCAUGGACUCGAGCACUGGUUCGAUAGCCUAAUUCACAGUAACAUACUGGUGGCCGAUUACCUUUCCGACGAGCUCAAGUCCCUCAUUCAGUCCGCUGUCGCCACUGGAUCCGACAAAAACGCUUCGUGCGACAAGUUUUCUUGUCUAAAUGUACACGAUUCGUCGAGCAAGAAGACCAACUGAUUUAGUCUUAUUCUAUGUUAAAUAAAAUUAUUGUUUUUUUAUUGAUAUUCUUAUACAGGUUUAUCCUAAGAAUAGUCUAUGUA